AUGAGGGCGGCCCUCUCCGUCACCACCGGGGGCUUAUCUGGCCAGUCCCACGGACAUGGAGAAUGGAACCUGAGCCUGCACCCGCCGAGCCAGUCACCUCCCCCUCUGGGUAAAUUGGAUGUGGGGCCAACCGCGAAGCGGCAAAUGCUGUCUAUGUAUCUCGUUUUAUCCUGGAUCAAGUGUCAUCCAACAUGGAUAAAUGCAAGUCUAUACAGCCUCUCAUUUACUCUACCAUUCUAUGCUGGAUACCUACAGACACCUACCGAUUACUAUGUACCUAGGUAUGCGCUUCCCGCCAUUGGGGGAAGUCCCAAGAAGGAAUUUCUCUGUUUCUUACAGCCCACCGGCAUGGUGGCAUGGUGCCAGAUGCAUGGCUGCAUCGCUGCUGGUACCUUGCAGGCCCCAGGACAGCGAUGUAUGGAGUACGCAGCAGUUGGGUACCAAGGAACUACCUAG